CACAAUAGAAAUACGUUCGGCUUGUUUCUAAGGCGCGUUGAUUAAUUUCGUAGCGUGAACCACAGACUAGCGAUCGAGAUCGUCUCGGUUUCAAGAUAACUGUCAAACCAUGACCCUUUUAAUAUGAGAGUAACGCUACGAACGGGGAAAAUUGAGCUUGAUAUCGGAGAAAUAUUUUGCAGAGAACUUUGUAACCUUUGACACACCAUGGCGAAUACAGCCGAUCCUAUCAUUUGCGGAGGCUUUGUAUUUUACAACAACUUCGAUUCAGCGAAUCUAGCCAGGGUUGAACAGGUCCAAGCACCAGAACCAUCUGAAAAGGAUGCGAAUGAGACAGAAAAUAAAUCCUGUAAAAGUUCCACCUCAGAAGACUCUGUGGAGUAUGAAUUCAACAUAUGGACGAAACAUGAUUGUCACGGCACACAAUUUCAAAAUGGCAAUAGAACAUGGUUUUAUUUUGGCUUCAAAGCCAAUGUCCCAAGAAUAUAUGUGAAGUUUAAUAUAAUUAAUUUAAAUAAACAACUGAAAAUGUUCAGCCAGGGGAUGUGCCCAGUAUUUAAAGUCAUACCUGGUCAUCUGCAUUGGGAACGAAUUCGUGAAAGACCUACAUAUAGCGUGGAUCAGAAAGGCAGUGAUUUUACAUUGUCAUUCCUUUACUGUACUCCUGAAAAUACUAAAGCCACUACAUAUUUGGCAUUUACUUAUCCUUUCUCUUACACUGAUCUUCAAAAUUAUUUAAGAAGAGUCGAAGCUAGAGUAACAAAAAGAACCAUAACAUGUACAGAUGAUGUUUACUAUCAUAGAGAAUGUGCAAUAAAAUCUCUGGAAGGACGAAGAUUAGACAUCAUUACAAUCAGUUCAUUUCAUAAUAUAUCAACAGAGAGAGAAGAUAGACUGAUCGACAUGUUUCCUGAGAAACACGAAGACAGACCCUUCAAAUUUUGGAAUAAAAAAGUAAUUUUCGUUAGUGCAAGGGUCCAUCCAGGAGAAACACCUUCAAGCUUCGUUUUCAAUGGUUUUCUUAAUUUUCUUGUGAAUCGUGAAGACCCUAUGGCAAUCAACCUCCGCCGCCUAUAUGUGUUCAAGUUGAUACCAAUGCUCAAUCCUGAUGGUGUGGCUAGAGGUCACUAUAGAAUGGACACCAGGGGUGUUAAUCUUAAUAGAGUAUACCUCAAUCCUUCUAUAAAAGAACACCCAACGAUAUAUGCUGCAAGAAAUUUAAUAAGGUAUUACCAUUACACGUACCAACUGCCAAAAGAAGAUGAGAUUUCGAGUGUAAGCUUCGAAAAUGGAGAAAACAUUAUUGAUUCCUCUUGUGGAAUUACAAGUAUCGUACGUGAUACAACAACUAGAUUGCUACAACAGGUAACACUUAUGACAUUAGAUGAGAAACAUCAUAAAGAUCAGCUGGAAAUUUUUCAGGAAUUCCCCUUACCCAGAGCACACAGCAUGGAUGAUAUGCCUCAGGGUGGUGGAGAAGGCCUGUGUAAUGGUACAGAAGAGAGUGAUAAUUCUGUAGAACUUAAAUCAGAUAAAACAAUUUAUUCUGCUGUUGGCAUAGGACAAUUACCUAAAGAAGAUUCUGGAUUAUAUUUGUACGUUGACCUUCAUGGACAUGCCUCGAAAAAAGGUGUUUUCAUGUACGGCAACUAUUUCGAGAACGCAGACGAUACAAUAACGUGUAUGCUUCUGCCAAAAUUGAUGUCAAUCAACAACCCAAAUUUCCAUUUUACCUCGUGCAAUUUUACCGAGAGAAACAUGUAUAUUAUAGACAAGAGGGAUGGAAUGUCAAGGGAAGGAUCGGGACGGGUUGCUGUGUAUAAAUUGACUGGCCUCAUUCGUAGUUACACCCUUGAAUGCAACUACAAUUCUGGACGCUUGGUGAACACAAUGCCAGCAAGGGUUCGUGAUGGCGUCAACAAAACUGUGCCUCCUAUAUUUGUUCCACCGAAAUAUACCCCAGCAGUUUAUGAAGCGGUCGGAGCAGCAUUAGGUCCUUCGAUUCUGGACCUUACAAGUAAUAAUCCUAAUAGUCGAUUGCCAAAUAGUCAGUAUCGUUCUUUAAGGGGUGUAAAAUCUUAUUUAAAAUUAGCGUACGUGAACAAUCUUUCAACGCCAUUCGGCAAGCCUCUGCAUAAGGUAAAUUUUGAUGUCGAUAAUGAGAGUGAAAUUUCAGCUGUUGAUAUAAGACAGUGUGUACUCUCUUAAUUUAUAAUGCCACUAAAUUUGUACGCUUUUGUGUAUUAAUUAUCAAGACACAUUAGUGCCUAGGUAGA